AUGGCUAUUAUUAAGAGAGGUGCUCGUACUAAAACGGCGGCUGCUCCAGAAAAAAGAAGUGGUAAAAGUGGCAAAAAAAUCCAAAAGGCUACUUUUGACUCUGGUAAAAAAAAUGAAGUUGGUGUUUCAGACCUAACCCUUUUAUCCAAAAUAACUAACGAAGCAAUUAAUGAAAAUUUACAUAAAAGAUUCGAUAAUGGUAUUAUUUAUACUUAUAUUGGGAACGUUUUAAUAUCUAUUAACCCCUUUAGAGAUCUAGGUAUUUAUACCGAUGAAAUUUUAAAAUCUUACGAGGGUAAAAAUAGACUAGAAGUACCACCUCAUGUUUUCGCUAUUGCUGAAUCCAUGUACUACAACUUAAAAGCAUAUAACGAAAACCAAUGUGUCAUUAUUUCUGGUGAGUCAGGUGCAGGUAAAACCGAAGCUGCCAAGAGGAUCAUGCAGUAUAUUGCUGCUGCUUCAUCUUCACACCAUGAAUCGAUUACUAAAAUAAAGGAUAUGGUUUUGGCUACUAAUCCUUUGUUGGAAUCUUUUGGUUGUGCUAAAACUUUGAGGAACAACAACUCUUCGAGACAUGGUAAGUAUUUGGAAAUUAAAUUCAACUCUACAUUCGAACCAAUUGCCGGUAACAUUACCAAUUAUUUAUUAGAAAAACAAAGAGUUGUCAGCCAAAUUAAAAAUGAAAGAAACUUUCACAUUUUCUAUCAAUUUACCAAAGGUGCUUCUGAUAACUAUAGACAGAUAUUUGGUGUUCAGCAGCCGGACCAAUAUAUUUAUACCGCCACUUGCACCAGCGUUGAUACAAUUGACGAUGUAAAAGACUAUAAAGAAACUAUAAAUGCCAUGAACACAAUUGGGUUGACUCAAGAAGAACAAGACCAAAUUUUUAGGAUGUUGGCCACUAUUUUAUGGAUAGGUAAUGUUACCUUUGUAGAAAACGAGGAGGGUAACUCCCAAGUGCGUGAUACCAGUGUUACUGAUUUCGUUGCUUAUUUACUACAGGUGGAUAGCCAAGUUUUAGUUAAAUGUCUUGUUGAAAGAAUCAUGGAAACGAGCCACGGUAUGAAGCGUGGGUCUGUCUACCAUGUUCCUUUGAAUGUAGUUCAGGCUACUGCAGUUAGAGAUGCUCUAGCAAAGCAGAUCUAUAAUAAUUUAUUUGAAUGGAUUGUUGAUAGGGUAAAUGUUUCUUUGCAAGCGUUUCCCGGCGCUGAUAAGUCUAUUGGUAUUUUGGAUAUUUAUGGAUUUGAAAUUUUUGAACACAACUCUUUUGAACAGUUGUGUAUUAAUUACGUCAAUGAAAAGUUGCAACAAAUUUUUAUUCAACUAACUUUGAAAUCAGAGCAAGAGGAGUACGCCAGAGAACAAAUUCAAUGGACUCCAAUCAAAUAUUUUGACAAUAAAGUCGUUUGUGACUUAAUUGAGUCUAGACGACCACCUGGUAUUUUUGCAGCUAUGAAUGAUGCUGUCGCUACUGCGCACGCUGAUAGCUCUGCAGCGGAUCAAGCGUUUUCUCAGCGUUUGAAUUUGUUUAAUAACAACGCGCACUUUGACUUGAGAGGGAAUAAGUUUGUCAUCAAGCACUAUGCAGGUGAUGUCACCUACGACAUUGAUGGCAUAUCUGAUAAGAACAAAGACCAAUUGCAAAAAGACCUGGUUGAUUUAAUCGGCACCACUACCAAUCAAUUUCUAUCCACCAUUUUCCCUGAUACCAUUAGCCCAGAUUCCAAAAGAAGACCACCAACUGCUGGUGAUAAAAUCAUUAAAAGUGCCAACGAACUAGUGGAAACUUUAUCUAAGGCAUCACCAUCAUAUAUUAGAACUAUUAAGCCGAACCAAACAAAAUCACCAAACGAUUAUGACGACAAACAAGUUUUACACCAAAUUAAAUAUUUAGGUUUACAAGAAAAUGUUCGUAUCAGAAGAGCAGGCUUUGCCUAUAGACAGACGUUUGAGAAAUUUGUUGAGAGAUUUUAUUUAUUGUCUCCCAAAUGUGGGUAUGCUGGUGACUACAUUUGGCAGGGUCCCGAACUAGACGCUUGUAAAUUGAUUUUGAAGGACGCUUCAAUUCCUAAUACAGAGUAUCAAAUUGGUGUUAGUAAAGUAUUUAUAAAAACUCCUGAAACACUGUUUGCAUUGGAACAUAUGAGAGAUAGAUAUUGGUACAAUAUGGCUGCUAGAAUUCAACGUGCCUGGAGAAGAUUUUUGCAGAGAAGAAUUGACGCAGCAGCCAGAAUCCAACGUGCUAUUAGAGAAAAGAAGGGUGGGAACAAGUAUGAAAAGCUAAGAGAUGAAGGUACAAAAUUGUUGGGUGGUAGAAAAGAGAGGAGAACUAUGUCUUUGUUGGCUUACAGAGCUUUUAUGGGUGAUUAUUUAUCUUGUAACGAAUCCAAAACCAAGGGUUCCUUUAUCAAGAGACAAUCUGGUAUUUCUGAACAUGUUGAGUUCUCCAUGUAUGGUGAGGCUUUGCAAUCCAAGUUUGGUAGGUCUGCACAACGUGUUCCCAAAACCUUUUUAUUGACCAAAUCGUGUCUUUAUAUUGUUGGUCAGUCUUUGAUUAAUAAUAGAGUGACCUACACUGUUGAUUAUAAAAUACAAUUGAAUAGAAUUCGUUUUGUCUCAUUAACCAACUUACAAGAUGACUGGAUGGGAAUAUACGUUGAAAAUGCUAGGCAAGCGGACCCAUUGAUAAAUUGUGUUUUUAAAACCGAAUUAGUUACAAGAUUGAAAAAAUUGAACAGCGGCAUUCAAAUCAAGAUUGGACCAACAAUUGAAUAUCAAAAAAAACCAAAUAAAAUUCAUGUUGUUAGAUGUGCUAUUAGCGAAGCAGCUCCCAAGUAUGGAGAUAGUUACAAGCACGGUACCAUUUCAGUUCGUCGUGGUAACCCUGCAAACUCCAAAUCACAUAAGAAGCCAAGGAAUAACGGUGGUUCGGGUGUUGGUGGGUCAUUUUCUCAGUAUAAUAAUGCGAAAAAAACAACAACUGCUACCAAUGCUGCAACAACUAGCAGAAAAACUUUAGAUCCUAAUUCUAUGGCUACUGCUGCUGCUUCUACUGCCUAUAAUGGGAGCGGAUCUCAAAAAAGUAAGCCGAGUGCACCACGUCCAAGGUCUAUGGUUGAUGCUGCAUUACACCCACAUAUUAAUGCUUCCACUAAGAAAAAACCUGCUGCACCACAAUCUAGAACCAACGGUAGAUCUGGCACAUCUGCUUCACAAAUACAAAGAAAUUCGAGACCACAACCUCCUCAACAGCAGCAACAGCAACAGCAACAGCAACAGCAACAUCAUCAACAACAGCAACAGCAACACCAUCAACAGCAGCAACAGCAACACCAUCAACAUCGUCACCAGCAACAACAACAACAACAACAACAACAACAACAACAACAACAACAACAGCAAAAAUCAAAUAUUCCACCACCACCACCACCACCGCCUGCUGUUAAAAAUACCACACCUCAAUUUAUAGCCGCCUAUGAUUUUCCAGGUUCUGGGUCACCAAAUGAAUUGCCUUUAAAAAAAGGAGACGUUGUUUAUCUUUUAAGGACUGAAGCAAGCGGUUGGUCUUUGGCAAAGACGCUGGACGCAUCAAAGGAAGGUUGGGUUCCAACUGCAUACAUGACUGAAUAUGAGGGAAAUACCAUUCCUCAAGCACCACCAGCACCAUCCAUGGCUAGUACAACUAGUGGUGGUGCCAACACUGUUCCUAGUGCCAGUAAUAGAAGCGCUACUGUUUCUGCAAUCACCACUGAGACCACGCCAACAUCAGCCGCUGAAACUCAAGUUGAUUUUUCAGCUGGUUUGGCAAAUGCAUUAGCUGCAAGGGCUGAUAAGAUGAGACUAGAGGACAGUGAUGAAGAAAAAGAAGGUAAAGAUGAUGAUGAUGAUGAUUGGUAG